AUUAAAUUAUUUAACAAUAAUUAAAUAAAAAUUAUUAAAAAUGGCAUUCAAACAAGUUUGUACUUCAUUGUUGGUAACAGUAGCUUGUUGCACUGUUUUAUCAGUGGCAACACCAUUGAGUUACUUAAGAGAUAACGAUCAAAAUGGUUCACCAUUCUCAAACCAAGGUUCCUUUACUUACUUAAGAGAUGAUGGCGUAAACCAACCCAUUGUUUACCCACAGUCAGGACCAGUGAACUAUAUCAACAACAUUGGUAGCUCUCAAGUACAAACCAUUGGGUCAUAUCCAGGUGUGAUUAGCAAUGUUGGACUCGUUGGAAACAACGUAUUCGGUUCUAAUAUUUUCAACAAUGUAAAUGGAUUAUCCUCAAUUCAAUAUCCGGGUUAUGCACAGGCUUUACCAGUUUACAAUCAAGUUGUAAGUUACCCAAGUGCUCAACAAGUCUUACCAGUUGCUCAAUAUGCUGUUCAACAACCAGCUUACAUUGGUGGACCAGUAGGAUACCCAAACAAUAACAAUCAAAUCACCAACAACCAAGUUGCUCCAGUGGAAGUCAACAUUGGUGGUCAACAACCUUGCCCUGGUUACAUUGGUAAUGGUCCAGUUUACUUUUAAUCCAGGAUAUAUUUUGCUAAAAUGUUGAGUGUCAGAAAAAUUUUGUACAAAUAUUGUUAUUUUGUUUAUAAAAAAUAAAUAUAUUUUU